AUGGCUUCUGUCAAUCUCAGCCAGGCCAUGCAUUUGAUCGGAUGGACCACUGCUCUUUGUCUCUUAGCUGGUGCGAUUGCCUCUGGCCUGUGGUUCUAUCCCACGUUCGCGCGUUCCAAGCCCGCACCGUCGUCUCAGACCGGGGACAGCUCAGGCCCCGCACGAUCCACGCGACAAGACGUCCGCCUCUGUCAAGUUAACCCUGACAAGAACGAGACAGACACCGACAUCGACAUCAUUGCCAUUCAUGGCCUCGACACAAAGUCGCCGGACACGUGGACAUGGGUAGACCCCAACGAUCCCAACAAUACCGUUAACUGGCUGGCCGACCCGCGAAUGCUCCCGAGUCAAGUGGAAGCAGCUCGCAUCUUCACAUGCGACUGGCCUGCCGAUCUGCUUCAGCCGUCAGACUUGGUCCAGAAGACGGACGACGAGAUCGCUUUGCUCCUAUUCGAAGGAAUCAAGAGAGAUCUCUUAGGAACGCAUGAUAAAAAGAAGGUAGACCGGCCGAUUCUCUUCAUCGCUUCCUGCCUUGGGGGGAUCAUCUUGGCAAAGGCUCUGGUGGGCGCCGAUCAUAAACGCAGCAGCUAUUAUAGUCUGAGGACAGCAACAUGUGGGAUUAUCUUCCUCGCCACCCCGUUUGGAGGGACUUCGUUCGAAGACGUAGCUAUCUGGGCAGAUCCAGGUCUGACCGCAUGGGCUCUGAUCCGUCGCCGAGAAGUGAGUAACCUGCUCGGCUGGGUGAAGGGAUCGACCUUCGCUCUUAAGGUACUAGUUCGGAGGUUCACGCGGCUAUGUCAAGAUAAUCACAACCCCUGCCAUGUAUUCUGCUUUUACGAACUUGGAAAAACGAAUCUCUGGCGCAAGGUAAGAACCGCGACGUACCUUCGUCCCAGAGCUACGACUAACGAUUCCCAGCUGGUCGACAUGAGGUCAGCAAUCCUUCAAAUCGUCUUUAAACCGCUGCCGCUUGAUCGAACCCACCGCCUAAUGAAUAAAUUCGACGGCCCUAAAUGUCCGGACUACAAACAAGUCUCUGGAAAGAUUCUAAAGUUUCUCACGAAGAUAUAUAAUGGAACCCCCCUCGCACAGGCGGACGCCAGGAUUCGCAAUAUCAAUCUGGCCAUUGUCGAGUGGCCUGGCGAUAAUGCAACUCGCGGAGGAAAAGGAGACACAGCACAACAGUCUUCCCCGUUUUCGCUCCUCGCCCGACUAAAUGUGGAGACACCGGACAAGACGAUCGAGGUCACGCUGCCGACGCUAUUUGAGCCCCGCAAGUCACAGGACGGCCAGAAGAAACAGCCAAGUCGUAUCCUGAUCCGUGGACGGGCAGGAAUAGGGCUUAUUCAAUCGCGUACUUUAGGUACCACUGCGGAACCUAAAGGUAGAAAAGAGAUAGAGUGCCGGAUAUAA